AUGGCCGGAAGGAUCACUGCCACGGUCCAAGAAUGGGCCUCCCAGUUCUUGUCACGAUCCGUGCUCAUCACCUUCAUCAUUGCGGCUGUACUCCUUUACCAUGUCGGACGGGCAAUUCAUCUGAUUUGGUUUCAUCCAUUGUCGAAAUAUCCCGGGCCGUGGUUUGCAAAGAUCUCGCCGUUGUACGAUUUUUUCGUGGCACUGGGGGAGAGAAGAGCCCAGCAUUUUGAGUAUUUGCAUAAGCGAUAUGGUCCAGUUGUGCGAUUCGGCCCAAAUCAGCUCUCUUUCAUCACUCCCACGGCGUUCAAAGAGAUUUACGGCUUCCAAGCCAACGUGAGAAAGGCCGAUGCCCUGGUGGCGACGCAGUCAGACCCGGACACAGUGAGCACUCUGAGUGAUCCUUACAAGAAGUCGGCGUUGGCAAAGAGAAAAAUCUUAUCUCAAGGCUUUUCGGAAUCUGCCCUCAAACAUUCAGAAGAGUACAUCAUAGAUCAGAUCAAAGUGCUCUGUCGGUGCCUGGUGGACCCUGAGACUGAGCGAGUCAAAGACAUGUCGUUGUGGCUCAACUACCUCGCAUACGAUAUCAUGGGCGAGGUUGUGUUCGGCCAAGGUUUCAACAUGCUCACUGAAACAACCUUGAGAUACAUACUGCCCUUGAUUGACUCCAUGGUGUUCAGCAUGCUUCUGGGCGGAACCCUUCCUGCGUUGCACAAGUCUGGUUUGAUCAACAUUAUGUUUCCGCGAAUAUACAGAGGGCGGAAAAAGUUCAUUCAACUGGCGGAAGAGAGGGUCACUCAACGAUUGGAGACGGACAACCCUACUGAAGGAGGACGCAAAGACUUUUUCUAUCACCUACUUCGGGCCAAGGACGAGGAGACCGGAAAGCCCCUCUCGAGAGCGAGACUCCUGACCGAGGGUGUCCUGCUGGUAACGGCAGGCAGUGACACAACGUCAACAGGUCUUGCGGGGACACUCUUCUAUUUGGUCAAGCACAAACGCUGCAUGGAACGCUUGCGUGCCGAAUUGGACCAAAACUUUGAGCAUGUUGACCAGAUAAAGACAGGCACAGCACUGGCAAGAUGUGUGUAUCUGCGAGCUUGCGUGGAAGAAGGGUUGAGAAUGGCACCACCGGGGCCGGGUAUGACACCCCGUACAGUUCUCAAGGGCGGGCAAAUCAUAGACGGUAAUUUCUUACCAGAAGGAACAACUAUCGGAUGCGCAAUCUGGGCUUUGGGGUAUAACCCGGAAUACUACCCGGAUCCGGAGGAAUACAGACCAGAACGGUAUCUAUACCACGAAAGCGCGUCAGAGGCCGACGUCCUCCGAGCAAAGUCAUCGUAUUGGCCCUUCUUGACGGGUGUGAGGAAGUGUCCUGGAAUGAAAAUGGCCUACCAAGAGCUUUACCUGACCAUUGCACGACUCGUAUACCUGUUUGAUAUGACACCGGAAAAGCCGGAGGAGCUGGUGGGCAAUUUUGAUAUGCUGGAUCAUUUCAAUGUCAAGAAAUAUGGACCAUAUCUGUCCUUCAAGCUCAGAGAAGGACGUUCGCUAGACUGA